GAGGAGUAGAAGAAAACGAAGGAGGAGGAGGAAACGGGUCCGCAUAUGACGCGCCUGACUCAGCCCGCCAAUCGGAAUCUAGGCGAAGGAGAUGACUUUUUCCAUUGGUUUAAAAGGGGGAAAGAAAAAAAGCAUCACGUGCCCGCCUCUUACUUCAGGCUGUGCGAGGAAGCGGCAGAGGAACAAAACUGAGCGGUAGGCCAUUUGUUCAGCACCAAUACUGCUGUGGAAAUAGAACUUUAUUUGGAGGGUGAUAGUGGAUUUGCAUAUUUAUACAAGUUAAAGUUGAGAUCACUGUGGACACCCUGUGGUGAAAAUAGGCAUGAACAGUCAGGUACUGAAAAAGAUGGAGUUUAAAAUUGAAGAUACAUGGAACAGCUUACCAGUCAGUCAUGAUCCAGUUACAAUCAAGUUGACAGGUGAAGAUGCUGGAAUGAUGAUAGAAGUGUGUGCUCCAUUUUUUAACGAUCCUCCGCCUCCUGGUGAACCUGGAAAACCAUUCAAUGGACUGUGGGACUAUGAGGUUGUAGAAGCUUUCUUCUUGAAUCACCAAACUGAGCAGUACUUAGAAGUGGAGUUUUGUCCGCAUGGGCAGUAUCUGGUGUUACUGCUUUCUGGCAGACGAAAAGUGUGCAAACAAGAACUUCCUUUAAUGUUUGAAGUGUCGAGAACGUGUGUCAAAUGGAAUGGAAAAGCUCAUCUUCCUUGGAGUUAUUUCCCACCAGCUACCAACAAAUUUAAUGCAUUUGCAAUUCAUGGGUCAGGAGUUAACAGAACAUAUGAAGCCCUCUUCCCUGUACCUCAACAUGACAUUGUGGCAAAACAGAAACCUGAUUUCCAUCGCCUAGAAUAUUUUAAAUGCCUGAACCUGAAACUGUUAAUGGGAGAAGAUUGGAAGCAACCAGAAUCUGACUUGUGGGCACUAUAUAAAUGCAACUAAAUAAAAAAGACAAAAGGUAGGCUACCAGAUAGCUUAAAGUAGGUGGUUAGACACUGAUGACCACUGCCUAACUGUAGUACUUAUAAGCAUUCAGUGGAUCAAAUCGAAGAGUGUUGACUUCAGUUUGCUGAAGUCCGCUGCCAUAGUUGCAUUAUAUAUCUGCAUGUAUGAAAAUAUCUGUCACCAAUGUCUAGGUUGGAGAAAAGGUUUUGUUUCCUCUCAACUGGGCCUUUCACAGUUGCUCAUUUGCAUCCUGAUCAUAUACUUUUAUUUAGUUAUCAAUAAGGAUCUGGGUAGGUUUAGCCUGCAAAAGAGGAGACUGAGAGCAGAUACGAUAGCCAUCUUCAAAUAUCUUAAGGGCUGUCACAUGGAAGUGAGAGCAUGCUUGUUUUCUCUUGCUCUGUAAUAAAAAUACAAUUAACAGGAAAAUAAAACAUAUUUGAAACACUUCUAAAACAUGUAGAAACUGUUAAAAUAAUCUAGAAACACUGAAACACAACAAAACAUGUAACGUGUCAUGUAUCUGAAUAGACCUCCUGAAACAGAAACAUUUUCAGCAGCCAUCAAUAAUGUCAAUAGUCGGGGAGUUUCAAAAUACAGGCGCUAAAGACAUGACUCCUGAUGAAUACAGUAUAGACAUUGCAUGGCACUUACAGAAGUGUGAGUUUUGCAGAUUGAAGUGAUCAAGUUGGCACAUAUUGGGCAAGGGAACCCCUUAAGCAAACUGGUCCCUGGCCAUUAAGGCAUUAUAUACCAAUAUUAUUAUGAGUCCUAUGGAUGAUAUUGGAGACUGUUUACUAAUUAUUAAUGUUGGGCCAGAAUUUGUUCUGGAUACAGAGAGUCCAGGCCUUUGCAAAUAGUAACAAUGCACCCCAAAAGUCCUUGCACCUUAUGUGUCUAGUCCAGCCUCAACUCACCCCACAAGUUGUUGCUAAUGAGUAAUUGACUGUGUCUUUACUUCCUCGUUUAGUCAUUUUAUCAGCUUUGUGAUCUUCAGCUGUCAAGCAUCUAAUCUUAUUCAAAUCCCCAUAUUGAUCUACUUUCUUUACAGGUCACUUGAGUAUUGCUCUUUUAUUGGUUCUGUUUCUCACAUUCCCUCACACAGAUUGUCUCUGUAGUAAAGUAUUUCAUGUUCUGGGGGUCUUAAAUACCCAACCGCUUCAAAGAUUACCUGACUGGAAUGCAAAAGAUGAAAGGAUACCAAGAAAAGAAAAGAGAUGAGAUGAGAAGAAUCCUUCUAAUUCCAAUCUAAUUUAUCCUCUCCUCCCUUCUUGCGAAUUUCUUCCUAAGUCAAUUAUAGAUGCUGUCUGAUAGCUGACAUUACUUCUGCAGUAAAGAAAAUGGGAACUUUCCCCCCUGAAGCCACACAUGUGUAUCCUAAUGGAUAAGAAGUGGCGAUGUAAUCAAGCUGUUUUCAAACAAAAUCCAUGAUUGAUGCUGCUUGCAAUAAUGAAUUUAGAAACUAAGCCAAUCACACUCUGCUAUACCUGCUAGAGCAGGCAUCCCCAAACUUCGGCCCUCCAGAUGUUUUGGACUACAAUUCCCAUCAUCCCUGACCACUGGUCCUGUUAGCUAGGGAUCAUGGGAAUUGUAGGCCAAAACAUCUGGAGGGCCGCAGUUUGGGGAUGCCUGUGCUAGAGCAUAAUUGGACAUUAAACAUUUCACUUUUCCCAACACAAGCAUGUGCUUAUUUUAUUUACAAUGACCUCCAUUGAGAUAGCUGCAAAAUUAUUUUGUUGCUCUGUUUGCCACCUGCAUUUUUUUCAAUGCCCCUCUGAUAAAUGGACACUUUUUGGGGUGUUGACAACUUGCGGUCAUGGAAGAUCUGUGGAACUAUCCACUUGGCAUGAGCAGGCAAACAUUGUAAUUCCACUAAAAACAUGUUCUGUUUAACCAGAAAUGGGUAUUGUCUCAAUGUAUUUAAUCUUUAAUUAUUGAUUAACGCAAGAUAAAAGUAAAUGACGUACCUGUUCAUUGUGUAUAUCAAGCAGGUUUUCAUUUCUCACACCAAACUGAUUAUGACUUAAGUAUAAAGGAACAAUGAAUGGAACAAUAUUGAUCCAGGUGCUUUUUAUCAUCUUUUCCCAUUAUACAUGAAAUUAAAAUGAAAGUAGCUAGAUGCUCACUUUUGAUGAAAGAAAAUUAUUGUUUUUUCAUCCAACGCAAUGUAAUAUAAUCUGAACUGCAAGUUAUUACAGAAGACAUUUGAUUAAAUACAGAAAAAAUAUAGUAUCUCUGGGUAUGUUGUGUAUGUAUCUCUACAUGAUGCUGGCUAAAAUGUUGCACCCACCUUGAUCAGCACAGAUCUGUUCAUGUUUUAUGUGUGUCUUUUGAAGGUAUGUUCUGGGUGGUAUUCAACUUAGUUUUACUCAGAAGAAAUUGAAAUUAAUAGGACCUAACAAACGUGUUCAUUUCACCGGAUGUAUUCUGAAUAAAACUUAGCUGAAUAUUGUUUGAUGUCUGGUAGACGAGCUGAAUAGGGCUCCAGGAAAACAACUGCUACACAGGUAGCACUCAAAGUAAAGUGUGUAGCACUAUGGCAUACAAACAUAACCCCACUCCCUCACUGCUGUGGAAGGUACAAUUGCUAGCAGGCAAGUCAUUGCAUCUGUGCAUGCUGCUAAAAUAAGUGAAAUGCUAUCAAAGAAGACAAGCGGCUAUGGCAGUAAUGACUCCACACUUUUCCUAGCUACUCUUAAAAUACCAGGAGUGAACCGUGUUUUAACCAUCCCAAAUUGAGACAAGGCCACAAAUAAAUAGCACAAUUACCCUGUUUCCCCUUUUUUAAUACGUAGUCAUAAAGUAAGCCAUGGCAGGGUUUUUAAGUAUUUGAGAAAUAUAAGACAUACCCCGAAAAUAAGCCAUACUUCCGCGCCGCGGAAACCAACCUCCACAGGCACCUCCACUCACAGAGUCACUCCAUGCAGCCAGCACUGCAGGAGCGCGAUCAGCUAUGAUGAGGCGCUCCAAGAGCUCCGCUUAACAGCUGAUCGUGCUCCCGCCUUGCUGGCUGCAUCCCCGCGCUCUGCCUUCUCGUCCACCGCCAUCCCUGCCACUUCCGUGCUUGCCGCCACUGCUGGGCUCACUGCUUCUUCCUUGCCUGGCCCGACCAAGGAGCUUGGAGCGCCCUGCAGCGGCGGGCGGAGCGCAUGAGCCAGCGGCCUCUGCCUGGCCCGGCCAAAGACGCCUGCCACCCCGCCACCCGGAACUGGGGGCUGCUGCAGCGCCGAGCACUCAAGACAGCCCAGCAGCGCCCUGAGCCAGUGCCCUGAACCGUAAAAACCGUACCGGUAAUAAAAAAAUAAGACAUCCCACCGAAAGUAAGCCACCCUGUGUUUUUUGAGGGGGGAAAAGUUAUAAGACGGUGUCUUAAAAAGGGGGAAACACGGUACCACAGCAUAUUGGCGGACACUUCAUGCUUCUCUUGCCGCUUGCAGGGCGUAUUAACUCUAGGUAGAAAGAAUAGGAUUUUCCUAAUGCAUGAAAGAACAGGUGCUAAGAUUGAGGUUACUAGUGAUAACUCACAAAUAUGUAUUGGAACUGGAGUUUCUGCAGACUAAAAUCUGUUAAAAGCAGCUAUGCAAACAAGAGAUCAAAAUAAGAUUUCAGAAUGUGUUUGAAAGCAUAGUGCCUAACAGAAUAUUGCAGAAUCAAGAAAUGAUGUGAUGCUAAUAACAUAAGCACACGGUAGUUAACAAGGAAGGAUAAUGCAGAAAAAGUUUGGUGCAGUUGGGUAUAAACAAAAGAACCAUUUUAUACAUCGGUUUGACAUCUGCUCUAGACUGGUGUUUUGGGUCAUAUGCUUGAUCUAAAAAUGGUUUUGGGGAAUUACAUGAAAAUGUCAACCUACAAACCCAUUUGCCAUUUUUACAUGUAUAAUAGUUAACGCGUUCUGUAUCAUUUUAAAUAUGUUUUCCAAAGUUUCAUAAUCCAGCAUUUUUUUCAAAAUGGCAUUUUAUGUGUGAGCAAGCAACCAGCAGCAUGACAUUCAAGGUGACUUGGAAUUUCUCUUUUCCUCAUCUUCAGUUAAAGACCUCUCCAAGAAAAUAGACAAUAGGUUAAUGAUCCUUCAUUGUAUUGAAAAGUUGGCUUUCUCAUUUAGAAAAAUGAGAAGAAACACAGGGGAUGAUGCCUAUAUGGGAAAUGUGGUUAUUCUGAAAGAAAGCAGAAACAGUCACUGAAGUACUGCUGUCAGUUGGCAACUUUGUUAUUGUUGAAUUUGAGACAUGGAGAAAAGUUGUGGACCAGGUAGGGAUGUAAAGUCAGUUUUUGUUCUCUCAGCUUCUUAUUUUUCAAAUAUUAAAUUGCUCCAGCAGUUUGCAAAUUCUAAAAUAUUCAUGAAAUUCACCAGCAUCUUACUGUGACUUUCUCCUAAUAAACACAAUGGGUUGAAAAGGAACAAAUCAUUAGGGUAUUGACUGAGCCAAGUCAAAAAUUCCUUUGGGCAUUGCAACUUCUUAAAUGGAUUUGGUGGUGCACACCUGCAGUUUGUGAAUGCAAAGUGAAGUGUCAUAUCACACAGUGUCUUGCUCUGAAGGCAUUUAUUUUUUUGUGUUUGUCACUGAAUUUUAUGUGUUAUGUUGGUCACAGGUCAUAUGCUGGAAAACGUUUUCACACUUGCCAAUAACAGUAACUGUGUAUAUUGCUUACUGAUUGAUUUUUUUAAUUCAAAAUUUUAGAGAAUAUAAUUCUUUUAAGGUCCAGAUAAAUUCUUGUGGUUGUAAAACUGUUUUGCUAGUCACGACUUUUAAAAUACAAUAAAAAGAAAUCAUUUAAACAAUCUGGCAUAUUUCUUUAUUUUUGAAGGGAACAUCAAUCAAGUUAACACACAAUUAAUAAUACCAGCCAAUACACAAAAUAUUAUGUGUAGAAGAUUACAAAUAUUAUGUUGGUCUCUAUGGAAUUACCCUUUUGUGAGAAUAUUGCUAUUUACAUGAAUUAGAAGGACUCAUUCACAACCUCUGCCUUGGAUAUUCAGUGUUCUUAAUAUCCAAACUGGACAGAAUCAAAUCAGAUUUGAUUAAAGUCUCAUAAUGUCUAGUUAGAGUGAAGCCAAGACCUUUCCAUAGUUGAAUGCAAGAAGCAAAGUUGCUUAUGUAGCAUACUGUUGGCAUCAAAAUUUCAACCUGUAUUUUUUUAAUCCAGCUUUACCAUUUCCGCUGAAAAUCCUAUACUUUAAAAAACAAAAACCACCUUAUUGCCCUUUGAAAUAUUAAGCCCCUUUCUAUAUACACCCAUGAUUGGCUCCUUUGUCUUUGUUGUCGUACUUUUAUUUGGGAUUAAGUUGUGCUUGUGGGUGGCAGUGUAGUCCCCCCCCCCAUUUUGUUAAGCACAAAAUCUAGGAGAAUUGAGUGGGGGGAAAGAACAUUUUGUUCCAGUUUCAUGCUGCAUUAGCUGCAGAACAUGUUGGGCCUACGCUCUUCAGUCGGCUUUAGGAAUCUGUUCUCUCUUAAAAGUUUGUAAAGGUGAAGUUUAAGUGGCUGUUCCUUAUUAUGUGUGCUAACACUUACUGAUUCAAAGUCAUUUUGCCAGUUCAGUAUAGACACUCUGAAAUACUGUUUACAGUUUUGCUAACAAGAAUGGAGAUGGCUUGAGCUUCAAUAAGCUAUUGAGCUCUUCAGGUUAUUGCAGAUGGCAAAUUUGAACUGGUUUGCCACUUCUGCUUUUGUGAAAAUUCCCUUUGAAGUAUGAUCUUAGAAUGUUUCGUUCCACUGAAACAGGAAACCGUUUCAGCUAAGUAAUUUGACAGAUAAUGAAACAGUAGACUUUAGGGUUUGACUUACAAUUGCUUUUAUAGGUUUAGGCUUCAGUAUGCUGAUGACAACAUAGUGUGUGCACGCUCAGAGUAUCUUUGCAGAAGCUUACAAAAAGCUUGGCCUAUCACUCAACAUCCAAAAAACCAAAGUGCUGCACCAACAAGUACAAAAUGACCUCUCUGCAGUGCCACAAAUCCAACUCAAUGGUGUAACGUUGGAAAAUGUUGAUCACGUCUCCUACCUAGGCAGUUAUCUUUCCACAAGGGCCAACAUUGAUGCGGAAAUCCAGCAUUGCCUGAGCUCUGUGAGUGCAGCUUUCUCCCGAUUGAAGUGCAGAGUGUUUGAGGCCCGGGACAUUCGCAGGGAAACCAAAAUGCUUGUUUACAAAGCUAUUGUACUUACCAACCUUGCUUGUGAAACAUGGACCACUUAUAAACGCCAUCUCCAACACCUUGAAAGAUUCCAUCAACGGUGCCUCCGAAAAUUUUUACACAUCACUUGGGAAGACAGGCGAACUAAUAUCAGUGUACUGGAAGCAGCAAAGAUCACCAGUGUCGAAGCAAUGAUUCUUCAACAUCAACUUCGUUGGACUGGUCAUGUUGUGCAGAUGCCUGAUGAUUGUCUUCCAAAGCAACUACUCUAUUCCUUAAAAAUGGAAAGCGUAAUGCUGGUGGUCAACAAAAGAGGUUUAAUGACUGUCUCAAGGCAAAUCUUAAAAAAUGUAGUAUAAACACUGACAACUGGGAAACACUGGCCUGCGAGUGCCCCAGUUGGAGAACAGCCUUUACCAAAGGUGUCAUGGGCUUUGAAGAUACUCAAACUCAGGACGCAAGGGAGAAAUGUGCUAGGAGGAAGACACGCUUGGCAAAUCCACACUGUGAUCAACUCCUGCCCGGAAACCAAUGUCCCCACUGUGGAAGAACGUGUGGAUCCAGAAUUGGCCUCCACGGUCACUUACGGACUCACUGUUAAAACCGUGUUUAUGGAAGACAGUCUUACUCGGCUACGAGUGAUCACCAACGAAGAAGAAGAGGCUGAUGUUUUAGAGCAUUCUAGGAUUCAAGUUCUUAGACCUGAUGCGAUUUAAAUAUUAAUCCUAACUAAUCUGCAGGUGUUGGUCCAGAACACCUUCAUCUGGGUUUGUUUAUAUUAAAAUUGAGUGAAACUUGUGAUUCCCUAUUAAGUCAGGUAGAUUUGAAAACGUGUACUAGAAUUAGCACUGGACUUCAAAUAUUGCAAAAGUCUUCAGUCAAGUUUUUUCUUUUUAAAAAAUGUACCGGGUGUUCUUCUGUACUGUAUAUAUUACUGGAUAUUCUGUUAACCAGACAGUGUAACCAAGAAAAAGGCAGGGAGAGUGUGAUCCUGAUCAUCAUUCUGGAUCUCU